AUGGCAGAAGUUUUUCCCUCCAUUAUUGUUUCUGGAAUCAUUGAGCAUUUGGACUCGCAGACGGUGAAAAAGUUCGGAUUAUUAUCGCCCUGUGUCAAAGAUUUUGAAAAGCUGAAGCAUAUUGUUUUAGAAUUACAACCUGUGCUUCUGGAUGCCGAGGAGCAACAAGCCAAGAACCAUGGAGUCAAAGACUGGCUCGAGAAGCUAACAGAUAUCUUAUAUAAAGUGGAGGAGUUGCUGGAUGAUUUAUCCACCGAAGCUCUUCGGAUGACCCGAAAUAAGAAGGCAAAACAGGUGUGCAUCUUCUUUUCCAAAUCGAAUCAACUUGCAUUUAACCGUAGAUUGGGUCCUAAGAUUAAGACUAUUCUAAACAAUUUAGAUCACAUUGCAAACGACAUGAGGAAGUUUCAUUUUGAGGAAUGCCAUGGAAAGAUACCAGUAGAAGAUAAUAGGGAGAGGGAUCAUAAUGCUUUUUGUCCCGAUGAAGUACUUAUUGGUAGAGAUGACCAUAAAAAGGCAGUUGUUGACUUUUUAAUGGACUCCAAUGUUGAGGAGAACGUUUCAAUACUUCCGAUUGUCGGAACCGGAGGUAUGGGAAAGACAACACUAGCUCAGUUCGCAUUCAAUCACGAGAGAAUCCAAGAAUAUUUUCAGCUAAAAAUGUGGGUGAAUGUCAUGUCAUGUGUCUCUCGUGAUGACGUUGGUAUGGAAAAAACAAUCAUUAGAAAAAUCCUAGAAUCUGCCAGAAAUGAGAAAGUAACGUUAAAUCCUUUCAUGAAUCCUUUUAUGAUUUUUGAAAAAGAAAUUUAUGGUAAGAAGUACCUACUUGUCUUGGAUAAUGUGCGCAUCAAUGAUCGUGAAAAAUGGUUACGCUUGAAACGAGGUCUAAUAGAGCAAUAUGGUGCAAGAGGCAGCAAAAUUUUAGUAACUACACGUAGUGAAGAGGUUGCCGAUACUAUGUGCACAGUUCAACCAUAUUACUUGAGAGGUUUAGAUGAAGAUGACUCAUGGUAUUUAUUUAAACGGGUGGCGUUUAAAAAUGGCCGAGAGCCAGACGAUGAGGACGGAAUUGUGAAUAUGGGAAAGGAGAUUGUGAGAAAAUGUGAAGGUGUCCCUCUCAUCAUAAAAACAAUUGGAAGGUUAUUGUAUUUCAAAAAUUCAGAAACAGAGUGGUUGUCUUUUAUGAAUAAAGAACUUUCAAGAAUACGUCUAAAUGAAGAAGAAGACAUCUUAGCAACUCUUAAGUUGAUGAGAUACGAUCAACUUCCGCAGCAUUUGAAACAAUGUUUUGCUUAUAGUUGUUUAUUUCCAAAGAAUUACGAGAUUGAUAAAUCAACAUUGAUUAAUCUUUGGAUAGCACAAGGAUUUAUAAAGUCGUCAAAUGAAGAAGAUGAAUGCCUUGAAGAUGCUGGUCAUGAAUACUUUAUGGAUUUAAUUUCGAAAUUUUUCUUUGAAAAAGUCACAACAGAUUGGUCGGGUGAAGUCAGUAGCUGCAAAAUCAAUGACCUCAUGCAUGAUCUUGCUAUGUCGAUUGCUGGACCGUCAGUAACCACAUUAAACUCUUUUACACAUGAAGAGGACGUUAACAAGAGCACUCGUCAUCUAUGGGUUGGUUACGAUAUAGAAUAUUACUUAUAUCUCGCACGUUUAAUUUCUAAAGCAAAAUGUAGACUGCGAACAUUUCUUUCACCAAGUGACAGUGAGCCUAAGGGCAUGACAGAAUGUGAUGCAAUUUUUUCAAGCUUCAAAACGUUGCGCGCAUUGAAAUUGGGUAGUAGAAACCUAGAUGGUUUACCGUCAAACUCGAUUUGUAAGUUGAAUAGUUUAAGAUAUCUUGAUCUUUCUGGAAUGUACAUGAUGAAGAAGUUACCAGAUUCUAUAACCAGCUUGCAGAAUUUGCAGACGUUAAAACUGUGCAAUUGUAGUUGGUUUGAAGAAUGGCCAAGAGACUUUUCAAGAUUAGUCAACCUCAGGCAUCUUGACAUCAAUGGAUGUUGGAAACUGACUUAUAUGCCACGUGGAUUAGGGCAAUUGACUAAACUUCGGUCAUUAUCAGACUUCCUGGUAUCCCCCCAACUAGAUUCUCUCAACAUGCUGCAUAGUGGUGGACUAAAUGAAUUAAAUCGACUAAAUUACCUAAGAGGUGAUUUACAGAUUAGAAUUUUGGGAUGUGGGAAAGAUGAUGUUAAAGAUUACAGGGCUGCAAAUCUGAAUGCGAAAAAAAGGAUUCGUUCUCUAAAAUUAUAUUGGGACGAUUCAUUUGGGUUGAGAGAUGAUACCCUCGCUGGAAAAAAAUUGAAAGCCUUAGAACCUCACCGCAAUCUUAAAAGGCUUGAAUUAAGCGGUUACAAAGGUGCGGAGUUUCCGAGUUGGCUUUCGUCACUCACAAAUCUUGUUGAAUUUCAAUUAUCUAAGUGUGAAAACCUGAAAUGUUUGCCACCAUUGAGUGAACUGCCCUCUCUUAAGCGUCUGUUUCUUAAAUACUUGGAGGGUAUUGAGUACAUGUCAGAUAGUGAUGAUGAGUAUACUGGGACAUUCUUCCCAUCCUUAGUGGAACUUCAACUCUAUUAUUGCCCUAAUCUCAAGGGGUGGUGGAGGGAAGAGCCUCGUUUACUCCCUUCAUUUCCUUGUCUUUCAGAACUAUCCAUCUCGGGUUGCACCGAGCUGGAUUCGAUGUCGACGUUUCCAUGUCUUGAAGAAGAGUUGGUCCUGUCAAAUGUCAGAUGGAAGCCAAUGCAAAUGACAAUGAUGAUGAAUAUGGGUGCACCGAUUUGCUCAACGUUACCAGCAGUAGGCUCCUCUACAUCUGCCUUUUCUUCAUUUGCGCCUCUCUCAAAAUUGAAGCGUCUACGACUACAUAGGAUAGAAGAUCUACAUAUUCUCCCAGAGAAGGGACUGCAAAACCUGAAUUCUCUCAAGUCUUUGCAUAUAGUCAACUGCCAUAGAUUAAAGUCUUUGUCUCAAGGUAUUCAAUAUCUCACUGCACUUCAAGAACUGAGGCUUAAGCAUUGUCAUAAUCUCUGUAUAGGUGGCAAUGAUGAGGUUGAGAUGCGAUGGAAAGGCCUUGAGAGCCUCCAAUCUCUGGAUUUCAUUGGACUUCCCAAAUUGGAAUCUCUGCCAUCAGGUCUUGAACAUGUUUCCACUCUGAAAAUGUUACAGAUUUCGGGCUGUUCCUUGUUGACGGCCAUACCAGAAUGGAUCUGCAACUGGACAUCACUUCAAGAAUUUGAAAUUUCGAAUUGCCCUAAUUUAACUUCGCUUCCCGAGGGAAUGCGUCUGUUGAAGACUUUGAAAAUGUUGGCAAUUAGACAGCACUGUCCCUUAUUGUUGCCAAGAUGCGAGGCACACACAGGAGAGGAUUGGCCAAAGAUUGCUCACAUUCCUGAAUUGUACUUGGAUCGGUCCUCCAUGCCCAAGGAGGAAGUGAUGGAGAACGUUGGAAAAAAGUUCAAUGUUUAUUAUAAUUAUAUGUCUUAGCUGUUUUAAUUUGAGAGAAGUCAACAAUUUAGCGG